AUGGCAUUUCAUCAAGCUGAACAUUCUCUUCUGGUGAUUCCAGGUCCAAUCGAAGUUAGUGAUGAUGUUCUAUUCGCUAAUGCAACGCCAUCUCAAUCGCAUAUGUCGAAAAGUUUCACAGAAACUUUUGGACAAGCGAUUAAAAUGUUUCGACAAGUACUUGUUACUGAACGUGGCCAACCAUUUAUUGUAGCUGGUAGUGGUACACUUGGAUGGGAUAUGGUAGCGUCAAAUUUGAUUGAAUCUGGCGAUGAAGCACUCGUGUUACAUUCAGGCUAUUUCGGUCAAAGCUUUGCUGAUUGUUUAGAAGCAUAUGGUGCCAAAGUAACUCAACUGAAAGCACCCGUUGGGCAAUGCCCAUCGCGAGAACAAAUAGCCGAAGCAUUAACAACAACAAAAUACAAGUUGGUCACUGUUACACAUGUCGAUACAUCAACCGGUGUUCUAAGUAAUGCUCAAAUGGUCUCUGAAGUAGUGCAUCAAAUAAGUCCUGACACAUUGGUAGUACUCGAUGGGGUAUGUUCGGUUGGUAGCGAAGAAAUUCGUAUGGAUGAAUGGUCAUUGGAUGUUGUGAUGUGUGCUAGCCAGAAAGGUUUAGGUGUGCCACCAGGACUUAGUCUUGUAUGUGCCAGUGAAAGAGCUGUUCAUUUUGUUGAAGCUCGUAAAACAAAAAUAAACUCAUAUUUUGCCUCAUGGUUAAAUUGGUUGCCUGUAAUGCGUGGUUAUGAACAAAGUAAACCAGUAUAUUUUGCAACACCACCUGUUCAACUUAUCUGUGCACUUCAUGCCAGUUUGAAAGAGAUUACUUCAAGACCGAUUGCAGAACGUUGGGCAAAAAAUAAACAAGCUAGUACGGACUUUAAAGAUUUUGUAACAAAUGAACUUGGAUUAAAACAAGUUCCAAAUGAUGCAGCCUUCGCUGCCAAUGGUAUGACAGCUAUCUACUUUCCUGAAGGUAUAUCAGCAUUGGAUAUCAUUCCACGAUUACUUGAACAUGGUAUAGUUGUUGCUGGUGGUCUUCAUAAGGAAAUUAAAGAUAAAUACUUUCGUAUUGGACAUAUGGGUCUAACUGCUAUUGAUACUACAACUCGCCGCGAUCUUGAGAAAGUCAAAGAUGCUUUAAGACAUGCAUUUAGCGCUGCUGGUUACGUAAAUAAAAAUAUCAGUAAAUAG